GAGGAGGGGGUGUUAGAGAAUAAGAGGGACAAGCUGCAGGGUAACAGACUACAUCGGCAGCAGCACUUGAUAAGGAAGGAGGAUGAGUAGGUCUUGGUUGUGGCUUGUGGCCACUGCAGCCUUGGUGUCUGCAUCUUCUCUGGCUAAUGCAUCUCCACUAAAGGUGAUGUCUGCCCCCAACUUGUUGCGGGUAGGAGCGAAAGAAAACAUCUUUGUGGAGUGUCAAGACUGUACAGGGGGAGACAUUUUGGUCAUAAUUAAUGUUAUGAACCAUCCAACCAAAGCUAAUACUCUGGCAACCACAUCUGUAACCCUUAACAGUGGUAAUGACUUCCAGGCAUUCGGAGAAAUUAAGAUCCCUGCUGGAGAGUUUAGCAGAGAUGCCACCAUAAAGCAAUAUGUGUACCUGCAAGCUCAAUUCCCUGACCACCUGCUGGAGAAAGUUGUCCUAGUUUCCUUCCAGUCUGGGUUUAUCUUCAUCCAAACAGAUAAAACUCUCUAUACACCCCGAAGUAAAGUUCUUUACAGAAUGUUUGCAGUGACACCUCGUAUGGAGCCAGUGGAGAGAGAAGAAGACUUUAUCAUUGACAUUGAGAUGAUGACUCCUGAAGGCACCAUUUUGCCUAUGGAUUUCUUCUUUCCAACAUCAGGAAUCUACUCAAGUGAUUACCGACUCGGUGACAAUGUGAGUCCAGGGAUCUGGAAAUUGGUGGCCAAGUUCCGCAGUAACCCACAGCAGAGCUACACUGCAGAAUUUGAAGUCAAAGAAUAUGUGCUGCCAAGUUUUGAGGUGAAACUGACACCUGUGACCUCUUUCUUCUAUGUGGACAGUCCAGAUCUCAUUGUUAACAUCAAAGCUGAGUACCUGUUUGGUGAAUCUGUGGAUGGCACUGCUUAUGUAGUAUUUGGUGUCAUAGCUGAAAAUCAAAAGAAAAGCUUAGCCGGCUCUCUUCAGAGAAUAUUGGUUGAAAGAGGCAGUGCAGUGGCUACACUGAAGAGGGAACACAUCUUACAAACCUUCAACAAUAUCAAUGAUCUGGUUGGAAAAUCACUGUUUGUAGCCGUCAGUGUGCUGACAGACAGUGGUGGUGAAAUGGUGGAGGCAGAAUUGAAAGGCAUCCAGAUCGUCACAUCCCCUUACACUAUCCACUUUAAGAAAACACCCAAAUAUUUCAAACCGGGGAUGUCGUUUGAUGUUGUGGUUGAAGUUGUGAAUCCCGAUGAAUCCCCAGCAUCAGGUAUAGCUGUGGUAGUGGGGCCAGGUCAUGUAGAGGGUUUAACUGCAGACAAUGGCAUUGCAAAGCUGACCAUCAAUCCGGACGCAAAUACAAAAAAAUUGACUGUCACUGCAAAGACCAACAAACAGGGAUUGUCAGCUGACAGACAAGCAAAAGCCACAACUGAAGCUCUACCUUAUAAAACUACAAGCAACUUCUACCUCCACAUAGUGAUGGAUACAGCAGAACUCAAACUGGGGGAUAACCUAAAAAUGCUCCUCAUGUUUAACAGGCGGAUAGACCAUGACACAGAUAUCACAUACCUGGUCCUGAGUAGGGGUCAAUUGGUCAUUCACAAACGUUACAGAUCAAGAGGUCAAGUUCUGAUCUCUCAGAACAUUCCCAUCACCAAAGAAAUGCUACCAUCAUUUCGCAUCAUCGCCUACUUCCAUCCAAAUGACAAUGAGGUGGUAUCAGACUCUGUCUGGGUGGAUGUCAAGGACACUUGCAUGGGCUCGCUGAAGUUGGAGUCAUCAAGACCAGCUCCUUCCUAUGAGCCACGCAAAAUGUUUGGUCUAAAGGUGACCGGAGACCCAGGCGCAGUAGUUGGACUGGUGGCAGUUGACAAAGGCGUUUAUGUCCUGAAUAACAAGCAUCGCCUCACCCAGAAAAAGGUCUGGGAUGUUGUUGAAAAGUAUGAUACUGGCUGCACACCAGGGGGAGGAAAAGAUGCCAUGAGUGUGUUCUAUGAUGCUGGGCUAUUGUUUGAGUCGAACACAGCUUCAGGCACUCCCUACAGACAAGAAAAGAAAUGUCCCACGGCCAAUGGCAGGAGAAAAAGAGCCAGUACCACAACAGAUGUCACUACGAGCUUAAGUGAGGAGGAGGACAACAGUUACAUGGACAGCAAUGAAAUUGUUUCUCGCACCAGUUUUCCUGAAAGUUGGCUGUGGUCAGACAUUACAUUGCCCACUUGCCCUAGACACACACCAGACUGUGAGACCACAACAUUCACAAAACAUGUUCCAUUGCAAGACUCAAUCACAACCUGGCAGUUCACUGGCAUUAGCCUUUCAAAGGCCUAUGGAAUCUGUGUUGGGGAGCCGUUUGAAGUGAUUGUCAGAAAGGAAUUUUUCAUUGAUCUGAGACUUCCUUAUUCUGCUGUUCGAGGAGAGCAGAUAGAAAUUAAAGCAAUCCUUCACAACUACAGCCCAGAACUAAUCACUGUGCGUGUGGAUCUUUUGGAAACUGAAAACAUAUGCAGUUCAGCAUCAAAACGCACAAGGUAUCGUCAAGAGGUCAAUGUUGGGGCUGGUACUACACGAUCAGUACCCUUUGUCAUUAUUCCAAUGAAGCACGGUCAAUUCGAUAUUGAGGUGAAAGCAGCUGUAAAGGACUCAUCCAUGUAUGAUGGAGUGAAAAAGAGUCUCCUGGUGGUGCCCAAUGGUGUACUCGUGAAGCAACCAAAAACAAUAACUUUGGACCCCACUAGCAAGGGUGCAGGAGGUAAACAAGAAGAAAUCCUUAACAGUCGAAUUCCAGAGACAAAUUUGGUUCCUAAUACACCUACAAGCACACAGAUUUCUGUCACAGGAAGGGAAAAUAUAGCUCCACUGGUGGAAAAUGCCAUUAGUGGACAAUCAAUGGGUACACUGAUCUACCAGCCUUCAGGUUGUGGUGAACAGAACAUGAUUCAUAUGACACUGCCAGUCAUUGCAGCUAUAUACUUGGACAAAACCAACCAAUGGGAGUCUGUUGGAUUUCAGAGACGAAAUGAAGCUCUGGAGCAUGUAAAGACUGGCUUUAGAAAUCAGUUGGCCUACUUAAAUCCUGAUGGAUCUUUUGGCGUGUGGCCCAAAAGACACGGUAGCACCUGGCUGACAGCCUAUGUUGUUAAAGUGUUUGCUAUGGCAAACAAUCUGGUGCGAUUGGAUAAGAAUGUGAUCUGUAAUGCAGUGAAGGUUUUGAUUCUCAAGGCAAAGCAGCCCAAUGGCAUGUUCAAAGAAGUUGGCAGUGUUUCCCAUGGAGAGAUGCAGGGUGAUGUACUAGGCUUGGAAACACAUGCCUCCAUGACAGCCUUCUGCCUGAUUGCCAUGCAGGAGUCAAAACUUUUAUGUCAAGACACAGUUAAUACUCUUGCCAGCAGUAUAGACAAGGCAGUGGAAUACCUAACAAAUCAUUUGCACACCUUAACUAACCCAUAUGCUGUUGCCAUGACAUCAUAUGCCCUGGCAAAUACUCAAGGAUUUGACCGAGGAAUCCUCUUCAGGUUUGCUUCUCCAGAGCUGUCACACUGGAUUUCCCCCAGAGGACACAUUUACUCUCUGGAGGCCACAGCUUAUGCUCUUCUUGCUCUGGUGAAGGCCAAGCUUUUUGAAGAGGCCAGACCUGUUGUCAGGUGGUUUAACAAUCAGCCGAGGAGUAAUGCUGGCUUUGGAUCAACUCAGGCCACUAUUACGGUUUACCAAGCUGUAUCAGAGUACUGGGCUGCUGCUCAAGAACCAGAAUAUGAUCUGAAAGUGGACAUUCAUUUGCCAGGCAAGGCAUUGCCGGACCGUCUCUCCUUUACCAGGGCAAAUCACUAUACCACAAGAACGUCUAAAAUCUCAGAUAUUAACCAGGAUGUGAAAGUGACUGCAGAGGGAUCAGGAGAGGCCACACUGACUAUGGUGUCGUUGUAUUACGUUCUGCCAACAGAGAAAGAAAGUGACUGUCAAAAGUUUGAUUUGUCAGUGGAGCUCAUUCAAGAGAAAACAGAUGAAAAAAUAUACAAACUGAGAAUUGAAGUUUUGUAUAAAAGUAAAGACAGAGAUGCAACAAUGUCAGUCUUGGACAUUGGCCUACUGACUGGAUUUACUGUCAAUACAAACGACCUUGACCAAUUGACCAAAGGACGUGCCCGCACUAUCGCUAAAUAUGAGAUGAAUACUGUCCUGUCAGAAAGAGGCUCCUUGAUUAUCUACCUGGACAAGGUUUCUCACACUACACCAGAAGAAAUCGUUUUUAGGAUACACCAGACAAUGAAAGUGGGCGUCUUACAACCAGCCACUGUAUCAGUCUAUGAAUAUUAUGACCAAACAAGUUGUGUGAAAUUCUACCACCCUCAAAGGAUGGCUGGAGAGCUAAUGACGAUGUGCACAAAUGAAGAAUGUACCUGUGCAGAAGAAAACUGCAGUAUGCAGCAGAAGAAAGGAGUCAGCACUGAGUUGCGUAUAGACAAAGUUUGUGAGAGAGAUUAUGUGUACAAGGUGAAGGUUGUGGAAUUUACAGAUGGUUUGUCCACUGAUAUUUACACAAUGGAAAUUCUGGAUGUGAUUAAAGAAGGGAGUAUUGAUAGUCCGAUCCAUAAAACCCGUAAAUUUCUGAGUUACCCACAUUGCAGAAAAUCUUUGGGUCUGGAAGGUUCUAAAGGCAAACAUUACCUAAUUAUGGGCGCCUCAACAGAUACAUACAGAGAUGAAAACAAUACAUACCAGUACGUGCUUGGUGAGCAAACUUGGAUUGAGUACUGGCCAACAGUGGAAGAGUGUCAAACAGAGGAAUAUAGAGCAACAUGUAUGGGUCUGGACACAAUGGUGCAACAAUACAGAAUCUUUGGAUGUCUCCAAUAGCACAACCCAAGGAUGCAAUUGUUUGUUUCCUCUUUUUUGUAAAACAUUAACUGUUUUAAAAUAUAAAGGUUUGGAUU